AUGCUAAAGCGCGAUGGCGGUAUAUUGUCUCAAGCCCUUAUGACAUUUGCCUACCCAACAAUCCCGCUUGACCAUUCUUUAUACGUAUCUGAUGUUAGCUGCACUAAGGGUAGCCUGACUGGCACUCUAAGCGAUAAUGCCUAUGGAUUUGCGAAGAAAGAGUGGACUGGGGCAAAUGAUAUUGUUUUUGUAACAUCUGUGGAUGGCUGUGGCCUGGACAAUCAAAACGACUUUUUUCAUGCUAAAUCUAUCUCUUUUUCCGAUAGCAACAAAAGUUUCACGGCCACUGGAUCCUCAGCUGCUCUCAAAGCUGUAGCCGUCCAUGUGAAUCUCAAAUGGGGCGACGUUGGAUCCACACAAGUGAAGCGCGCUGUUGAUAAGAGAGACAUGUUCGAGGCGCACCCCCUUGCAGCUCGGGAUACAGAAUCAGUUACCUUAUCCUGGAAUUACUGGCUUAACGACGACGAUCACCUCGGUACCGAUCCCGAUGCGCCAUGGCCAAACGCCGCUCCAUUGGAGAAAUGGGGUUCUGAGGGAGGUGAAGAAGAUGAUUCUUACGAGAAGGGCGAAGUCGCAGACCCUAGCGGUCACCAUAAGCGCUCAAACGAAACGUCUUCAUCUGUUUCUACUCAUUCUGCCCGUGAUCUCGAAUACGGUUUGGCUCUCUACUGCGUUGAAUGUGGCUUUGGAGGCUCAGCAACGCUCUGGGGUGAAAUAGACGCAUCUCUCUGGACUCUUUCGGUCGAUACGCUGCAAGUGGGAAUCAACGCCAACUUUGAAGCAGGACUCAAUCUUGGCAUGGAGGCGUUUUUUAAAUAUGAAAAAGAAUGGAGCAAAGAACUAGCCAGACUUAAUCUGGGCGGUUUCGAGAUUCCCCUUCUAAUUGACGUUGGUCCAUUCAUCAGUGUCUCAGUAGACGCUGAGGUGACUAUCGAUGCAACUGGCACCCUGCUCAUCGGCGCCUCCGUAUCUUGGGACAACAUUGACAUUAUGCUGGAUUUGCUUCAUUCUGGCAACAGCCAUGCAAAUGGCCUUUCGCCUACCUUCCAACAUACAGCCGAGGCUUCGGGUGAGCUUCAUCUCGAGGCAUCGCUAGGUCUGCCCAUCAAGCUAGGCGUUGGCAUCAGUAUUCUUGAUGGGGAGUUUGAGGUAGACGCUGCUAUAGUGGACACUCCUUCAAUUGUCGCUGAGGGCGCGUUUGAAAUAUCGGCCUCAGUCGGAGAGGAUGGUGAAAUCGAGGUCGAUCUUGAUGGCACCUGCUACGGUAUUGCUUGGGAUAUUCAUUUUGAGAAUACGCUUCAAGCUGUUUUAGAAGGAGAUUUCGUUGGUUCGGAUACAUUUGACCUCAUUCCUCCUCAGGAGAGCGCUCCCAUUGCUCAAGGGUGCAUCGGAUACGUAAACGAUGGCACUGAUGACAACGAUUCAGGCAAUCCCCAAGGUAAAGGUGCUAGCACCGGCAUGGGCGGCAACGGCUUGAACAGCGGUGGUCUUGGCUUAGCCGGCUCUGGUUCGGGCUCCAAUUCCGGCCCCAAUUCCGGCUCUGGUAGCGGAAAGGGCUCCAGCAGUUCCAAGAGUACCAGCACUGCCAAGAGCACAAGCACUGCCAAGAGCACAAGCACUGCCAAGAGCACAAGCACUAGCACAAGCACUGCUAAGAGCACAAGCACUGCUAAGAGCACAAGCACUGCCAAGAGCACAAGCAAGAGCACCAGCACUACGAAAAGCACCAGCACCAGCACAAAGCCAGCCAGCACUUGCACGCCAUCUUCAACGGCCAUCUCGGUUAACCAAGCAAAUGUAAAUACUACCUUUAAUGUUGGUAAGGCUACCACAGUAAAUAAUGUCAGCCUCUGUGCUACCAGCUGUCUUAAGAACCCCAACUGCGCGAGUUUUACAUAUAGCGGCAGCAAAGUGUGCCAGCUAUACAACAAAGCUGUCAAGAGUUUGGGGGUGACAACUAAGAAGAGCCAACCCCAGCUGACAUUUUAUGACAAGGGGUGCUUUGUAUACAACACAUGUCCGAAAUAG